GGAACCAGCCCGAGCGCAAUGUCCUAAAAUUAGGUGUCAGCAAGAGGGCUGUGCGCGGAGAGAGGCGGUUUCUCUUCUAGACGGGCGGAAAGCAUGGCCAGUCCGCUGAGGAAGGCGGGCUCUGUGUCAGUCGAGUCUCUCCCGCCUUCCUCUGUACCGGGGACCGAGGCGGCUCAGGGAAGACGAGAGGGCAGCGAGGGAUAGCGGUGGCGGCGCAGGAAGAGCGGCGAGGGCAGGAGACGCCCCGCGGGGCUGAAGUGAACAGCCCCCUCCUGACCCUUAGCCAGGGAAGCCCCCGGAGCGCCAGAGAAAGUUCAAGGACUUGUCGCCACCGACCCCCUUCCUAUUUCUCUCCGCGGCGGUCUCGCAGAUCCACGCAGAGGCGGGAGGAGGCGAAGAUCCUGGGCGCGGGGAGGAGCGGCGGUAAUCAUGAACCCCAGCGGGCAGCGAGGAGCGGGCAAAGCGGCCCCCGGCAGAGACGACCCCUGGGAAGAGUGCCUGGAGGUGGCAGUGCAGCUCGCUCUCCAGGCGGGACAGAUUAUUAGAAAAGCUCUCACUGAGGAAAAGCGGGUAUCAACCAAAACAUCUGCAGCAGAUCUUGUGACUGAAACGGAUCACUUAGUAGAAAAUUUAAUUGUUUCUGCACUGAAAGAAAAAUUUCCCUCUCACAGGUUUAUUGCGGAAGAAGCUACUGCCGCUGGUUCAAAGUGCAUACUCAAUGACAGUCCAACCUGGAUUAUUGAUCCUGUUGAUGGCACCUGCAAUUUCGUACAUAGGUUUCCAACUGUAGCUGUUAGCAUUGGAUUUGCUGUCAACCAAGAGCUUGAAUUUGGUGUAAUUUAUCACUGCAUUGAAGAACGAUUAUACACUGGUAGAAGAGGUCAAGGGUCAUAUUGUAAUGGCAAAAGGCUUCAGGUGUCAAAAGUGACAGAUAUCACAAAGGCCUUGAUUUUAACUGAGAUUGGUCCAAAGCGAGACCCUGACACUCUGAAAGUCUUUCUUAGUAACAUGGAACGGCUGCUAAAGGCACAGGCUCACGGAGUUCGUGUUAUUGGAAGUGCUACCUUGGCACUCUGUCAUUUAGCAUCUGGGGCCGCAGAUGCAUAUUACCAGUUUGGCUUGCAUUGCUGGGAUUUGGCAGCAGCUACUGUUAUUAUCAGAGAGGCAGGUGGAGUUGUGAUAGAUACAUCAGGUGGACCUCUAGACCUGAUGUCGUGUCGAGUAAUAGCAGCAGGUACCCAGGAGAUGGCCUCAUUCAUCGCUCAGGAAAUACAGACUAUUCAUUAUGGACGUGAUGAUGAGAAUUGACCAGAUAUCAAUCUAAAGACAAUAUGAAAUCUGACCUUUUGGAAAUAUUUCACUUCCUUUAAGAUGAACCGCUUUUAGAAACUAUUAUUUGUUUCUCGUACAGUUUGUAAAUCAGACAUAUUAUAAAAACAUUUUACUUGCAUUUUAGGAAGGUGAAGGGUGUAUGAGAGUGUGUGUGUGUGUGUGUGUGUGUGUGUGUGUGUGUGUGUGACCUUUCCCUCUUUUUAAUAAGAAUAUUUUUCAGUUAUGCUUUUUUAAUGUUACAAGCUCUUUGAGGCUGAAAUAGAAGGGGGUUUUUGGUUUCACAUAGAACGAGAAACAAACUAUAUGUUUCAGAUCUCAGGUAGUUUUUUUUUGUUCCAUGGCAGGGAGCAAGUAGUGCCUCAAGUGCCCUCAUUCAACAAUACUUGAGUGAAAUUACUAUUUUUUUCUAAAUUUAAAACAGAUCCACUGAACAGCUGAGAUAGUUACCUUUAUUUAUAUGGCACGCACACACAAGCAUGAUAAUGGUACAUAUUCUUAGAAAUAUGUAUUAUCCUUGGAUAAAUAAUGUAAAUAGGUACUAAAAGAGCUGAUUAAAUAACGAAAAACUUAUUUUUGAAACAUUCAAAAUUCUUUAGGUUGAUUCAAGCCCUAGACUAUAACAGCAUGUUUUUAAAAAUAACACAGAAGAUUCACUAGGAUGCUACUGUUCACAAAACUUUCUUACUAAACACAUAGGUAGCCUGAAACCUAGUUUAUAAUCAGUGGUAUUCAUCUGAAUUGAACAAUAUAUAUUCUGGUCACUGCUAGAAGUCAAAUCUCCAAGUUACAUCUCUUGGUGACUUCAUGUAAUUUUCUUGGUAACAAUACAGAAGUGAUUUUCUAUUGCCUUCUUCCAGGUUAGUGGUUUUUUGUUUUUGUUUUUUUACUUCUUAGUCUAGCCUAAAGCCCUGGUAUUUCCUGGAGGUUUUCCAUUGCAAUAUUAAUUAGGCCCACCCCUGCUUAGCUUUCAAGCCCAGGCAGGUGCUACUACGUGCUGAGAUGGCCAUUGUGUAUCCUUGAAUGAUUAACGUGGGGAAAAGGAAUCUAUCAAAGCAAAUUUAAAACUAGCAGAGAGAUUCCAGCAAUGCUGAAUGUUAGUAUUGUUCGAAUAGUGCUUUGUAGCUUAUCCCGUGGAAGAGAACUGAAAGGAAGUAUCUCAUUAUUAUAUAAAAAUAGUGGCUGAAUAUGUUACAAGAACUACAGCUUUCUUGAGUGGAAAUGGGCAUGACUUGGGCUGAGUUUUCAUAAGCAGCACAUAAGGUGGCAAACCUUUAGAACUCUGGCAUACAUAAUUAAGUGCUGCAUGAUACUCCCAAAUAAAUGCCUCAGUAAUAGAAAUCAGAAUGUCAGUGAAAGGGAUCCUAAGCUAAUCUUUUCACUGACCUAGUGUUUUAUAUGCUUGUGUAUUAUGAAUUGUUGUGAUAAACUCUUAUGGGCCCACUCUUGGCAUUUCAGCUGAUACAAUCUAGGAAUAGUUUACUAUCUCACCAGUUGUCAGAGUUAGGCUUUAGAUUCAGGUGAACUUGAGUUACCAAUGAAUGAAGUGCUGGUACUGAUGAUCUGUGUUCUGUCCAAAUGCUGGAAUGUUAUAUUGGCCAUAGUGUACCUUGUUUCUCAAUAAUAUCCUUCAGUCCUAAAUGCAGUGGAGAUAAAUGUCAUGAAUGAUACUUCUAAAUAAAUAUAUUUUUAUGAAU